AGAAAGCAUUUUGCGAACCGUCGAUUCGUUCCCGACAGCUUAGCAUAAUUUUCGAAAUCAGAACCCACAGGCAAACGAGUUUUUCAGUCGCAGCCAACACCUUGAAUGGCGUAUUAAUUGUGUAAUCUAUAAGAGUCCAUUUGCAUAUGUAUGGGCGAGAUUGGCAGCUGCCAACGAGCCCCGCGGGAGAGAUGUAGAUGGUCUCCGAAUUGGGUUAGUUGGUUUAGUGUCGGCAUGAGUUAGUUCCACCAACACGGCCACCUUUGGGCAUAAACUGGGGCUUGGGACAAAGCCAUUACAAAUUAAUUUGGCAGACUUUUGCUAACCGUUCGCUGAACCAAUAAAAACUAUUCUAAUGAGAUGCUCUGGGCAAGACACGACAAAGGCAGCGCCAUCGAGCUGUUGACAACUGUUGUCGCGAUUCGGAGGAGGUUUAGUUUCCCUUCGACCAGGAACGGCAACGGUCGCAUUCGAAAUAUAUUAUUAACCUAAGGAAGGCUUAGUAUCCAAAUAUGCAGUGGUUGCUGUGUACUGCAUUUUUGCUCUUUGUGGCAUGGAGUUAUCCUGCGCAGGCAGUUCGGAUAUCUGCUCUACAAGUAGAGCAACGCUUGCCGCAAAAGCAGGCCAAGAUUGGUUCCAGAACCCAUCCCAUCGAGUAUGUCCUGCUGCCGAGUGCUCGUGGUGGAUAUAGAAGGCGUUAUGUCCACACUUUGGGAAAAGCAGCUCCCACAACAACCACCGAACGUCCACUGGUUCGGGUUUGGAACAGUUUCGUGCGCAGUGUUCAGCCCGCCUUCAGUUUCCGCAAUCUGACAAAUCCACUGGCCAACUUCUUCAACGACGGCAGUGCCAACAUUAUUGAGACCUCGCCCGUCUACCUGCAGACCUACGAUGACGACCAGGAGCUGCAGCUGGAGGAACCUGCAGCGGUGGCCCCGCAGAGUUCUAACAAACGCAAACGAAAGCGCCGCAAGCAGCAGAAGCACCGACCCGUCUACGAUUCGCAGGAGAACGACGAUGCUUACGGCUCUUAUGAUCCCUACUUCGCACCACCUCCUCCGUCACCAUCCGCACAUCCCAUGUUCUUCUACGACACCAACUCCGGCAGCUACUACGGAGUGCAGCGCUUCAGUCCGCAGGACUUCCAAGCUAAUUUCUACAACUUCAAUGACCAGCCGCAGAGCGAGCCGGAGGAGACCGAUGGCGAUCCGGAGGAGGAGGCUCCCGUGAUGAGGAGGCUCGGCACCAGGAAGGUGACUCUGCUGCGCCCGCUGCCCGUGUCAUCGGUCAAGGGUCAGUUGCCACCAAAAAAGGUGACAGAAGUCAGCAGGCCAGAACCGACCACUGAGAACGAAGAUGCGGUCGAGGAAACCGACAGCAGCGCACCGAGCGAUCCAACGACUAACGAUGAAGAUGAAGACGAUGGCGAUAUGGAAGCCAACUCACCACUCUCCGAGAGCAUGCGCAAUACCCUGGGCACGUACAUGCGCGACGAUAGCCACACCCGCCAGCGCCAGAGGCUCGCAAGCGAUGGAGCAGCAGGAGCCCGCGAUUCCGGCGCCAAAGUCUCGCCCCGCCAUCAUCAACGACGCCUCUUCCGACUGAGCGCCUGGUGA